AUGUCGCAAUACGGUCCUACCUCCAUGGAACAGCGGCCCCAGCCCUACGCUCACCAGAGUCAACCACAAGGCCAAUAUCACCAGCCGCCGCCUUCAUCUGCCCCACCAGAGUACAACCAGCAGGCCUAUCCUCCCCACCAUGACCAUCAGGCGCAAGGCCAGUACUAUAAUGGCCCUGCCUACGAUCAACAAACCGGACAGAACUUAAACCCGCCUCAACAGCAAUAUCAGCAGACUGGAGCCAAUCUUUCAUAUUACAACGGGGAGCAAUUCUCAGACCCGAACGAUCGCAAUGCACCCGAAGGCGAAAAGGGUCUUGGCUCGACCGUUUUCGGAGGAGCCGCUGGUGGAUUUAUGGGUCAUAAGGUGGGAGGUGGAUGGGGCACCGCCGCAGGUCCCGCUCUUGGGGCUAUGGGCAUGAACAUGGCAACUCAUAAGAUGAAACAACAAAAUACUUCACCCACACAGCAAUAUGUAGCUGCGCCUGUUGCCGGUAAUAACGGCUUGGGUAUGGGCCUGCUUGGACGUCGUGGAGGCCUAGGUAUCGCCAACCGCCGACUUGCCCGCAGGGGAUUGAUCUAG